UCCUGAACUCACUCUGCAAGGAGUUCCUGAACGUCAACGUGUCCGCCAUCUUGUAUCUGAUGAACUAUGAGAAGUACGGUCGCAGCACGGCCUCAGCACAAUACUUCCUACAGUUGGCUGGUUACCUGGGCAUCCCCGUCAUCGCCUGGAAUGCUGACAACUCCGGCCUUGAGAGAAGAGCCUCCCAGUCCAGCCUACAGCUCCAGUUGGCGCCCUCCCUGGAACAUCAAACCGCUGCCAUGUUGAGUAUUCUGGAACGAUACAAAUGGCACCGCUUCUCCAUCGUUACCUCCCAGAUCGCAGGCCACGACGACUUUAUACAGGCCAUCCGGGAAAGGAUAUCGGAUAUGCAGGACAGAUUCAAGUUUACCAUUCUGAACACGGUGCUGGUUACGAAGCCCUCGGACCUGUUGGAGUUGGUAAACUCAGAGUCCCGAGUAAUGCUGCUCUAUUCCACUAGAGAAGAGGCUACCCACAUUCUGUCCGCCGCCCGGGACUACAAGAUCACCGGGGAGAACUACGUCUGGGUCGUCACCCAGAGUGUCAUCGAAAACCUCCAGACACCGUACCAGUUCCCGGUCGGCAUGCUCGGGGUCCACUUUGACACGUCCAGCGACCGCUUGGUGAAUGAGAUAACAACUGCCAUCAAGGUGUACGCCUACGGGGUGGACGACUACGUCAACGACCCCCGCAACGCCAACCACUCCCUCAACACCCAGUUGUCUUGUGAAGGCGUAGGCGAUGCUCGUUGGAAAACUGGGGAUCGCUUUUACAGGUACUUGAGGAACGUGACCGUGGAGGGCGACCAGGUGAAAGGAGAGCCCAGAGUAGAGUUCACAGCGGAUGGAGUCCUCAAGUCCGCAGAGCUUAAGAUCAUGAACCUGAGACCGGGAGUUAGCAAGCAGCUCGUCUGGGAGGAGAUCGGGGUGUGGAAAUCAUGGGUGACGGAAGGUCUGGAUAUCAAGGACAUUGUUUGGCCAGGCAACUCCCAUACGCCUCCACAGGGAGUACCGGAGAAGUUCCAUCUGAAGAUCACUUUCUUGGAGGAACCCCCUUACAUCACCAUGGCUCCCCCAGACCCUGUGACCGGCAAAUGUAACAUGAACCGGGGAGUCAUAUGUCGAGUGGCCACCGACCCAGACACCUUCGAGAUGGAUAUCACUGCAGCCCACAGGAACGGAACUUACAACCAAUGCUGCUCAGGAUUUUGCAUAGACCUGCUGGAAAAAUUGCAGAAGAAACUGGGGUUUACAUACGAACUGGUGCGGGUGGAGGAUGGAAAGUGGGGGACUCUUGAGAACGGUAAGUGGAACGGACUGAUAGCGGAACUGGUCAACCGGAAGACGGACAUGGUGAUGACGUCACUGAUGAUCAAUUCCGAGCGAGAGGCCGUGGUGGAUUUCACUGUCCCCUUCAUGGAGACAGGAAUAGCGAUCGUCGUGGCAAAGCGGAUAGGAAUCAUCUCCCCCACCGCCUUUCUAGAGCCAUUCGACACGGCUUCCUGGAUGCUGGUGGGUCUUGUCGCCAUCCAAGCCGCGGCUUACACCAUCUUUCUUUUUGAGUGGCUCAGUCCGUCCGGAUUUGACAUGAAAGUUACGCAAGAAACUGAACCCUCCCUCUACCUGGAACCAAAGAGAGAGGGGGUUCUAAGAGUGACAGGAUCCUCCAACAGUCAUUCCCACUCCAACAGUCAUCCUCCACAGUAG